UAGCAUGAGCUCCACAUAUCUAACUUUGCUUUUGGUCUGCUGUACAGUAACAGGGAGUUCUGGUAGUGUUCCAGAGAGUUCACAAGUUGAUGAAAGCACAAAUACUGCUGAUGAAGUCCAGGAUACGAAGAUAUUCCUUUUAUACAUCAUUGUUGGUUCUAUGAUUGGAUCUCUAAUUGGCUUUUUGAUGAAUUUCAUGAUUGGAUCUGUUAUUGGCUCCGGGGUUGGCUCACUGAUUAGUUCUUUAAUUGGAUACCUUCUUGGCUCCGAGAUAAGCUCAAUGCUUGAUUUCAUGAUUGGCUCCACAAUUGGAUCUGUGAUAGGAUCCGUAUUCAGCUCCAUUAUUGAUGUUUAUUAUGGAUCUAUGAUUGGUUCAAUGUUUGACUACAUGUUUGGAUCUACAAUUGGCUCCUUGAUUGGAUUGUUGAUUAGCUCCAUAACCGACUACAUGAUUGACUCCCUAAUCGGCUCCAUAUUUGGCUAUGUUGGAAGCGCCAUAAUAGGAUUCUUAAUCGGCUCUACGGCAGGCUACCUCAUCAUGUUCAUGGGGGAUAUUAUGGUCCGGUCGCUACUGCUGCCGAUCCUUACAACAAUUAUUGGUUUCAUCAUUGGAUUUUUCUUUUACGACAUCAUUAAUUGGAUCUACACCAUUCUCUUUAAAUAUGUAAAAUUAUUUAUCUUUUAAAUUAUAUAAAAUGCGUACGUCGAGUAAAACGAAGUUUAAUUAA